GCUCCCAUGAUGAAACUGGUCACAUCCAACUCAGCACUAUCACCAGACGACAUCACGGAGAGAGGAAGAUGAUGGUCGACAUAUAUAUACCAAGACAGCCUUCUCUUCCUCAGUCUCAAGCCAAGGAUCACCCACAUAAGGAAAGAUGAUGGGAAUGAGUGGACGCGUGGUUGUGGUGGUGGUGGUGGUGGUGUUGGCCGUGGCAACUGACGCCACUUUCCGCAGACGGCGCCGGCCCAUGCCCUGUUACCCAAAGACCCAAUACGUUACGGAGUACCUGACGGAGACCCAAGCGGUACCAAUGUAUACCACGGUGUACAAGGAACAAAUCGUCCCUACCACACUCUACGAAACGCAGUACCAAACCCAGUACGCGACGCAGUACCAGACAGAAUACGUACCAAAGUACUUUACAGAAACCCUCUACACCACACAGUACCAGUACGUGACGAAGUACCAGACCCAGUUCCAGACCCAGUACCAAACCCAGUACGUCACAUCAACGCAGUACACUCCCAAAUACGUCACAGAGACCCAGUACCAGACCCAGUAUGUGACCACUACCUUGUACCAGACGGAGUACACCACUUCCUACGCCACCCAGUACGUAACAACCACUCAGGUACAGUACCAAACACAGUACCAGACCCAGGUGGUACCAGAGUACGUCACCGUAACCCAGCUCCAAGCCAGCUACAAGACCGUCUGUCCCAAGCCAAACUACUACGACUACUAAAUAUUCUUUGUUUUGUCCAUUAAAUUCCGAAUAUUCUCUUAAUUUUGUUGUUGUUACCCAUUAAAUGCUGAAUAUUCUC